CAUCUGAUUUUUUGUUCCAAUAUUUGUAGCCAUGGAAUUAUUUUCAAUCAGGAAAUCAGGUCAAUCCUUUUUUCGAUAAAAAAAAGCCUAGGCUCGCUAAAUUAGUAGUUUUUCGGUGCGGGACUCAAGGCGAGACUGUGGAAGAUGUGCUGCGCUCCGAUGUGCGGUGCUCCGGCCUGCGGGCCCUCGAUGUGCUGCCGGCCCGCCUGCCGGAUGCCGCUGGAGCCACUGCGUCCGGCGACAGUCCACAGCAGCUGUCCCUCCUCGAAGUGCACGCUGUGCAGCCAGAACAACUCGGAGCAGGAGUGCCGCUGCACCUGCCAGCGCAACAAGCACAUCCUGGAGGCGCUGAGCUGCCUGUUCCGCGUCACCAAGUUCCAGAUUCUGACCACCCUCUUCCAGCUCGCCUACCACGAGAGCCGGCCGCUGCCGCGCUUCCCACGCGAUCGCAUCUGGUCGGUAAUGGAGAACGUGAAGGCACCGUACACGGAGCUCCACGACCUGAAGAUCUACGACAGCCUGUACGAUCGCUGCGGCCAGCCUAUCGAUCCGUUGGACCGGACGAAUGCCUACAAGCUGUUGCGCCUGAUCUUCCUGGGUCCGGUGCUGGUGCCCGAGCAGAAGACCCAGCUCCUGGCCAUGCUUCUCAAGCUGAACGCCCGUGCCGCCUGCCCCGUGGACCUCAAUGGCCUGCUAUUGGUCCUGCAGCAAGUGCAGCUGGAUGAGCUGGUGUGCGGGAUCUUGGAGCAGGACGGCAGGAUCAAGCGGUUCCACAGCGCCCGACAGUGCCAGCAGCUGUGCAAUCUCUACCACAAGGUGGCCGCCACGGACAAGAAUGCGGUUAUCCGCAAGCGACGCCGGCGCAAAACGAAGUCCAAGGCCAAGGAUGCGGAUACACAGAAGAAGCCGCAGCGCAGGACCAUCACCCCGCAGAUAUACUGCACUCGCCGCGUACCGGAGAUCGAGGAACCAUCCAACCGGGUCGAGAGCGGCUCACCCGUCGUCCGCAGUACCGGCAGCUCCCACCGUCGCUCGUCCAAUAAGAAGAGCUGGGUUGCGGGGGAAAGGGGGUCCCGCCGGGAGUCGCGCAACUCCACGGGAUCCCCGAAGAAGGGCAAGACCGAAACGGCCAGCGCGGGAGUACGGAUGCAGGGUGGCGACCGCCGGAGGAGUAAAUUAAGUCCGUAGUCUUCGUAGCCUUUCUCUUUCUAUCCUGUCUGUAAUCUCGGUCCAUCCAAAAUUCACUAAAUUCCGCGUUGCAAAUGGUAUUUGUCUAUUCUCCUUAUUCUGUCUUUAAUCUCGGUCCAUCCGUAUGCACUUCAUUGCGUAUCCGUAUUGCUUUACAAAUUUCGUCAUUGUCUUUUGGGUAUACAUUUUGCUAGACAAUAUUGCAGAUCUACUAUUCUUAAGGUUGAUAUUGUAUAUCACAGGAUGUUUAGAAUGAUCUUUAAUCUGGCAAAAAAUGUUUCUCUUCAGUAAUGUUUAACCUACUCCACUUAACAUUAGUUCCACAUUUACUUUAGUUAUACAUAAAAUACUAGUCUAUUGAUACAUAAAUCCCUUCGGAUCCGGCUGAGGUUGAACCUAUGUCCUGCGCUUGCACCGCGGACUG